AUGCUGGAUGGAAUAAGCGUUCCGAGCAUGGUGAGCUUCAACUUGUUGGCAUGGUUCCUGGCUGGGCAUGCUAGAGACCAGGUGUCUGUUACCGAGGCUUUGCAGCCCUUUUGCUUCUGUGCGGCGCUGUGCUUGACAAAUGCUGCAGCAUUCCACGUCAAGUUGUCUGAGGCUGUCGAAAUUGAUCAGUUUCGGGCUGUCGACUGCAUUGGCAGACUUCGCAUGCAUCAUGAGGUUAAGUCCAAAUUUCAAGAGCUGGCUUCUUGUUACAGCUCCCUGGGGCCGACAUCCGGGGUAGUAAAAGAAUUGCGGCUGCAAUCUGACCCACUUGUUCGUCGCCAAGAUCCAUCAGUGGUCCGUGAAGCUUUUUCUUUGUGCCGUCUCCAACUUAAGAUGAAGCUUGCUUUACAUGAGUCGCUUCUGCGGCACCUUUCGCGCAUGAGAGAGCAAUGCGACUGUUGGGUACUUGAUGAGACAAUCACAAGUGAACAGCGACCGGCGUUCUGGAGCAAUUUCACAAGUGCUUACUGUAAAUACUUUGAUGAUGGCAACAUGCCCUUGGAGAUUCUAGCGCAACAGUCUCUUCUGGGGUGGCCGCACAAAGAGGGUAUGCUUGACACACUGGCGGUUGGCGUCAGUUGGCUGCAGUUUCUUGCGGCAUUAUGCUUGGCCACUUUUGCAGCCCUUGUUCCGAACUUCAUUCGCAAUCCUGAGUUGAGCUUUGGCUUGCCGAAAAAUGGCUGGUGUCGGGUCGUUUCACUUCUGUUCAUGGUCUAUACUUUUCGAUUUGGGAUGCUUCUUCUCUACCGUCGGCCAGCACGCAUGAUGUCCCUCUUGGCUGAAAUGGUGGGUACGUACAAGAUCCUGCAGACGAUGCUCAUGGGUCCAACAGCAGCAGUUGCACAAGGUAUUCCUUAUGUUAGGGUGGGCAGCUUGAAGGACAUCGGGGCGUGGUAUGAGCUUUACAGCUUCUUUAUUGCAAGCACGCAGCGACGCAAGUUUACAGCAGAGGUUGCCUUGGCAGUCAACCUCCUUAUCGUUCUUACAAUGUCAGGCUUGCUGGUCUGGCACACCACCGACCCUGACUGGAAGCCUGGGGUGCUAUUCUUCGAAACCCUUGUCGUCCUCAUUUCGUUCAUCCUGUUCUCCGUUCCCCCGCUCUUCAUGGGCCUCAGAGCCAACCUCCUGAGGCAGCGCACGGUGGACUUGCUCUGGGGUCAUGUCACAGAGUCACGUGCAUACUUAUCCUGUGUUCAGAACAAGUCGGAACAAUCCUUUGAGACUGAAGAGAUCCGUGAUGCUAUCGGUCUGACAGAGUCGAUUGCGCAGAGGCUGCGGUUGGAUGCUGCGCUGGUGUUGAGGGUCGUCGGCAUAAAGCUGACGGUUGCUCAAUUCACAGCAAUCGCAUCAGUGAUGUCCACGGCAGCUGCACUUAUUUUGAGGUAUGUGGAUUGGCAGCGGAUUGUCGACAGUGUAACGAUUUCUGGCAACUAG